AUGUCAACUGCAGCCUUUCCAACCUCAUAUUCACUACUUGACACAUUCUUUUCAAGUGUACAAACGCAGGAAUCGGAUCUUGAAGAUCGUCGGCAACGGCCCGGGAUUGUAACAGACGACUCAGAUGCAACGCUGUCUGCAGAACAAAGGAUAUCGGCUGAGCUGUUGUCGGAAGGCGCUGAGAGUGAAGAGGUGAUCUACUCAACACGAACCCAGCACACUCAGGCGGCAUCAUGUCUCAGCGAGGUCAUUCCGUCUCCCGCGUCCAUGUUUCUCUCCGCCUUCGGUCCUACGCCCUCUGUCGGUGGUGACGAAGUCGUAUCUGGCUACACGUUGGGCAAGAUUAUCGGAUGUGGCGGAUUCUCCACGAUACGCAGAGCCUAUUCCCCGUCAGGUGGCGAUGUCGCUGUCAAGAUAGUUCGUCAUUCAGAUCUGCUGAUCCAAGGCAAAGCGCCACUAGGGUGGAAGCGUCUUAAGCAUGAAGCAGAAGUGUGGACGUCGCUUAGCCAUGAGCACAUCUUGCCUCUUUUCUCCACGGUGCAUCAACCCACUGCUGAUUACUUCUUCAUGCUUUACUGCCCCGCCGGUUCUCUUUUCGAUAUACUGAGGCGAGAGGGGACUCUACCGCAGGAUGUAGCAGGUAUGAUGUUUCGACAAGUGGUCAGAGGACUCAGAUAUUUGCAUGAGGUUGCCAAGUACGUUCAUCGGGACAUGAAGCUCGAAAAUGUUUUGGUUGACGACAUGGGUACGUGCCGCAUUGGAGAUUUUGGCCUGGCAGAGAGGAUAGGAGAGGGCGAAAAUGCUGUCGAGACGGAUGAUGAACACGAGGUUCCCACCACGGGCAUCCACCGGGCAGUAUCCUUGUCAACUGCACCCAAGCGACAUCUGAAAGCGGCACUGCUCGCACAUCAGCUGCCAAGACACCGUAAUUCAACUAACUCUUCGGCCCACUUCGCUGAGAAGGCCCAUUUGUUCCACCCAGGCUCGCUACCGUACGCAGCUCCCGAACUACUAUCAACUCUACCUUGCCUCGCCCAUCCCUCUCAGGACAUAUGGGCCCUUGGCAUCAUACUCUUCGCGCUGUUGACAGGGAGACUUCCCUUUGUGGACUCUUUUGAACCACGAUUACAAAUUAAGAUCCGGCAUAGUGACAUCGACUUUCCAUCUGAUGUUGGUCGUAGUACGGAACGAGUACUUCGGGGAUGUCUGGACCGAAACGUCUCGUCACGAUGGACAAUUGCCAUGGUCGAUGAGGUCGCGUGGGGCGUAGGAGGAGGAAGCGAAGGUGACGAUAUUGCACCUCCUGAGAUUGAUGAUGACGUUUCAGCUCACCGUUCUUCUCCGACUACUCCUCAGUCACGUUCAGGACUCCCAAGCGCGAAUGUUCCAGAUUGGGAGCAGGAGGACGGACCGAUGCGGCCAUCGAUGGGCACUGCUUCUAGGCGGUCUACGUCUCGUGCUCGGCGCUCGUUAUCUCGUGCACCAGUGCUCACGGAUAUAGGAAGCAUAGAACGAAGUAUCUCGCGGCAUGCAGUCCCUGCCGUCAAUGUCUCCACCAUAAGUCUGCAAUCCCCGUUCUGGAGAGCCUCCCGCCCACGGUCUUCGGCACCCCAUUCUCUUGAACGCGGGCGUGGCCUACAAAAGAGGUCCCCGUAUGUGACAUCCGUUUCCCGAUCCAAUAGCCCUAGCGUCCCACCGACAACUCCUUCUGACUAUAAUGUGCCAUCCAUGUUGCCUAUCAGCGAACUGGACAGACAUCGGUCUCGCGGUCGCAAGCUCUAUACUGACAAUGCACGCGCUCCCUUAUUAUCACCCACCAGUGAGCUUGAUGCUGCUGACGAGUGGGAUACCGUGGAGCUACGCUCAUCCCCCGCGAUAAACGGUUUCCCCAUCUCCAAUACUAGUAAAAGAGCAGAAAGCUUGCCACCCUCGUCCAAAUGGUCUGACGCCAUUCAUAUCGCAUUCAAGUCUUCACCGGGCUUGUAUGCAACACCUCCAUUAGUUAUUGCAAGUUCGACACCGAACGGUGUUCGGAGCAAAAGUAUGGGACCAAGACACUGA